UUUUGGAUAUGUAAAAUGAAAAUUACUACUUUUCUAUUAAGUAUUCUUAAAAUUAGUUAUUAAUACUAAAUAUUUUUUAUGAAAGUAUUGACUUAUUUUUUUUCCUUUAAGAUAAUCAUUUUUAAUAAAAUUUUAAAUUUCUAAGCUAUUUUUACAAUUUUUUUUUUUAAUUAUCUGUUUUAUUUCUACGCUUAAUACAAUGGAUUUAAAUAAUAUGCAAGUUGCAUUAAAUACAGUUAGAACAUUAAGAUUAGAACUAAUGCAAUUAAUUAUUGAAAUUGGCGAAGGAGUUAAAGAAGAUGGAACUCAAUGUGAACCUAAAGAUAAUCGUUACAUUUGUACAAUGAAUGAAAUGGUCGGAAAACUUGGAAAUCAUAUGAGGCAUCUUGAACAAGUUGUUGGAUCUUUAUCGAGUCCUCCUGCUCCAAUUGCUAGUAUCUUAUAUAAUACUUCUUAUUUAACUCAAGAAAGUACUUCAGACCGACAAGCAUUAUAUACUCCUUUAGUUUCUUCUCAUAAGUGGCUUGACAAAGUUCAUAAAUUUAGCUCAAAUGCGUUACAAAUUUUAAGUCAAAAUUCAUUAAAAAAAUCUUACCACAAUUCAAGUUCUAACAAGAAAAAAAGACAUCAAUCUACUUUACUUAAUAUUUCACCUCAGGCUUUUGAUGGUUUAUUGACCAAUAUUGAUAGAAUGUUUCCAGAUUUAAACAUUACAAUUACAAGACCAUGUUCUUCAAAUGUGGUUCUUUUGGUUGGAUUAGGUAGAGUAUUGCAAGCUAUUGUAACUUUCAAAGGAAUCAUGAUUGAGUGGGUAAUAGUAAAAGGAUUUAAUGAGCCUAUAAAUCCAAAUAAUCUUCAACAAGAACUUUGGAGUGAGUCAAGAUAUCAAGUUUUUCGUAAGAUAACAGAUCAUGCUAACGCAGCAAUGUUGCAUUUCUCUUCUUCUACUUUACCUGAGUUUUCUGUCAAGUCAUUUAUGAUGUGGUUGAAUAGCUACACAAAUUUAUUUAACUCUGUAUGUAAAGCAUGUAGCAAUAGAUUACUAAAUGCAUAUCCACCUACUUGGAGAGAUUUAAGAUCAUUGGAAACAUAUCAUUUUGAAUGUAAACCAUGAUUUAUUUUUAAAAUUUUUAAAGACUAUGUAUAAAAAUAUUUCUCUUAUUUAUAUUUAGUUUAAUUCUUAUCAAUUUAAUAAAUAUAUAAAAUAUGUAAUUUAAUAUGAAUUAUCUUUUAAAAUAUGAAAUGCAUUAAGAUUUCAAUUUAAUAUAGUGAAAAUUAUAUUUACUGUAUAAUGAAAUAAUUUUGAUUAAAUAUUUUAACAAUUUAAUAA